GGGGCCGCCAACUCCGAUAUCCGUGCCUGGUACCGUCGUGUCAACGGUGGUGGCCCACCGCCUGCCGCUGGCGGAACUCCCGCGUAUAACUUCGCUGCCCCGCUUCCGCUGGCCGACUUCGCGGCGCUGCGCCCCGCUGCCGUCAGGAUGGCCGCCGACCACGACACCGCGCUCAUCGCCGCAGGGGUUGGGCACGCUGUCGUCCCGGCCGCAGCCGCUGCCGGCCUUAGUGCUGCCGCAGGCCCGCCAGUAGGCCCGCCGGCCGCCCCGGUCGCCGCAGGCGGGGCCGUGGGCCUUGCGGCCGCCCUCGCUGGUCCUGUGGGGCUGGCUGGCCCUGGGCCCGCUGCAGGCCCCAUGGUGCCGCUCACGCCGCUGCUGACGGCUGCUGCUGGCGACGACUUCCACACCCUGCGGGUCACCUAUGACAUGGAGGGCAAACGCCACAAGGAGUUCCGCGACGCUGUCAAGGAGAUGCGCCAGCAGAGCUGGCCCGACUGGAUCGUGCCGCGCCCGUGCACGGUCCUCUGGUGCGCGAACUUCAUGCGGGAGAAUGGCGGUUCGGCUGUGGGGCGCCACGUCGCCUUUCGCUCCGCUUGCCGCCUCGGGCUCGACGACCCGGCCAUGCUGCUCCAUUCGGAGCUGUCCAAGCUCCUCCAGACCGCGAUGUGCUACGACCAGCUGGACGUCAGCAGUGCCGCUUCGACGGAGCUCAUCUGCCGCCAGCUCCAGCUCUGCGUGGAGAAGCUCAAGGAUCGCAUCCUCGGCACGGCGGGUUCAGGGCACCAGGAGCACGACGAGAGCUGGUUCUUCACGGGCCUCCAGAACACCAGUUGCAUUAUGGCGUGCCCCGCCCUUUCCCAGUGGGUCGCCGAGCAGGUAGCGGCCGAGAACGCAGUGCUCAAGGAACGCCGCAAGGCAAGGGAGGAGCGGGCGCUCGCCAAGCCGCCGCCGCCUCACCGGCGCCGCGGCGACAGCGGCAGGUGCCCGCCCGGCUUCCAGGCGGCUCGCGAGCAGUUCAGCGACGUCGGCAGCGGCUUCAGCAUA